AUGGGGGGGUAAAGGUUAAAUAACCUGCCUGUACUGUCCCAAAGGCAAACAACUGCCUUAGACCUGAAUAAAGUCCAAUGGGGAUCAGACCCAGGCAGAGCAGAGGUGAGAGAAAGAGUGUGGCAGCAGCGUACGCAGCAGCAGAGACACAGCGCCUCGCGUUGUGGCAUCAUGGAUCUUCUCCACAGCUGGGGGGUCGAGCUGUCGCUCCACCUCCAGACCAAGUACAGCCGAUACGAGGAGCUGUUCGCACUGGCCUCCACCGUGGCCGACCUGCACACCACCUUCUUCUGCCUGUUCCCGGUCUGGUUCCACGUGCGGAGGAACACGGGCCUCAGGCUGCUGUGGGUGGCGGUGAUCGGGGACUGGCUCAACCUGGUCCUGAAAUGGGUUCUGUUUGGAGAGAGACCGUACUGGUGGGUGCACGAGACCCGGUUCUACGGAGCAGGACCGGCCCCGUCUCUGCAGCAGUUCCCCAUCACGUGUGAGACUGGGCCAGGAAGCCCCUCGGGUCACGCCAUGGGGGCCGCUGGGGUCUGGUUCGUGAUGAUAACGGCGCUGCUUUCUAUUGCAACUGAGCAGCGCUGCCCCCACUGCUCUACAAGUCUCAGAUUCUUGCAGCUGGGCCUGUGGGGGCUGAUGGGCCUGGUCCUGCUGGUGGUGUGCAUGUCCAGGGUUUACAUGGCCGCUCACUUCCCACACCAGGUGAUAGCAGGCGUCGCCACCGGUCUAGUCGUGGCUCAGCUCGUGUCCAGUCAGACGUGGCUCUACGGCGUCAGCAUGAGCAGGUACUUCUUGGUGACCCUCUUCUUGACCUCCUUCGCUGUGGGCUUCUACGUCCUCCUCAAAGCGCUGGGUGUUGACCUGCUGUGGACUCUGGACAAAGCCCAGAGGUGGUGCCUCCGGCCCGAGUGGGUCCACCUGGACUCCACGCCCUUCGCCAGCCUGCUGCGUAACAUGGGCAGCCUGUUCGGCCUGGGCCUGGGCCUGCACUCGCCGCUCCACAACAACAAGACCAAGAGCACGAGUGUUGUUUUCAAGACAGGCUGCAUCACUGUGUCUUUGCUCCUGCUUCAUUUCUUAGAUGGAUGGACAUUUUCUUCUGAAAACCACAUGACUUUCUACUUCCUGUCCUUCAGUAAGAGUGUAGUUGCCCUUCUGAUCCCCACCACCCUGGUGCCUUGGGCUCUCUGCAGGGUUUGCAGGGGAAAGGGAGAAGACAAGAAGUUGUGAAUAAGGUUCAAAUUGUAGUUUGAAGUCAGUUAUUAUGUAGAUUUUACAAAGAUUGUUUCACAUUUUCAAGUUCAAGACUUUAUAUAGAAUGUUACAGCAGAGCACGAGGCCACACAAACCUGUGUAUAACUGUCACACUAUGAAUUUAAAGGACAAGACACAUGUUCAUAAAGGCGGGAUUGUUAUUUGAUUUUUGAUCUGAAUGAAAAGCAUUGUUUCUUACUUUGCUGUUCUGUCCUGCUGCUUUUCUCUGAAUGUCAGAAACACCAAUACUGAUUAAUUCUUCAGCAGGAACAAUGAUUAAAUAUUAACCUGA